AUGCCAGCGAUCCGGUUACUGCUGUGUGACGUGCCACAGCUGAGCCGGCCCUCGGCUUUGUCCCGUGGCCAUGGCGAGCAUGGUCACCCCUUUCCCAGCUCGGUCCAUGCCAGGCAUCCCAUGCUCUGGUGCAGCACAAGGGCCAGGAGAGCGGCUGCGGUGGGGCGGUGGCGUUGUCAGGGCUCUGGCCGGGCUCCCCCUCUGAGCUGCCUCUGCUGUGUUUCAGGUUUGGCAUUUGUCAGUUGCGUGGGCGCCGAUGCCAACGUCACCACCGGCCACAGCACAGAGGGGCUCACCUGCAGCACAGCUGAGAGCUGCAUGGGGAACGUGACGCAGCUGAGGCGGCACGGUCACUUCUCCAGGUGCCCGGAGGAGUACAAGCACUACUGCGUCAAAGGGAGAUGCCGCUUCCUCGUGGCUGAGAAGGCACCAGCUUGUGUGUGCGAGCGAGGCUACACAGGAGCUCGCUGUGAGAGGGUGGACAUCUUCUACCUGCGAGGUGACCGGGGCCAGAUUGUGAUCAUCUCCUUGAUUGCUGCCAUCGUCACCCUCAUAGUCCUUGUCGUCUGCGCCUGCCUUUGCAGUCACCACUGUCGGAAGCAACGUAGGAAGAGGAAGGCAGAAGAGAUGGAGACGUUAAACAAGAAUUUGCCUUCCAAAAGUGAGGACGUGCUGGAGACGGGCAUCGUGUGAAGGAGCUCCAGGUACCUGCGGGCGGGUCCCGGACAGCGGCACCGGCUGGCUCCAUGGGCGAGGGCUAAAACUUACAACGGCUUGAAUAAAGGGGUGAUGGAAAGGUG